CACUGGAUCCUAAUCAACACUUGUGAAAAGCGUGCAUUCCCAGUUCUGGCCCCACGGGUAGCUGUUCAUCUCAUUCUCUUGCAUUCCCUCUUUCCUGUUCACAAUACCAUCGCGGACCUUCACUAGAAGCCGGACGGACUCUAUAUUCUAUGCAGACGGUGUCUGCGAAUCAAAUCCUUGGUCAGCGGAGAAUAGAGCGAUCGCAAUCUGGAAAGAAGCUCGGCACGUCAGGCGCUCAGAUUCUGGAUACAUCGACGUCGUGCCUGAUGGUACCUUUGGUUUCCCUCUAGACCGCCGGUACUUGCGUGGUAACCGGAUCGGAUCGGACACCCGACCCGUGGCUCACUCACCAGAGUGAAAGAGACAGAAAUUUUCGCCACUUGCCUCGUCUCGGUACUCCCCAUUUCGUCUGCUCCCCACCCCACUUCGAGAACACGGCCUGCUCUCCAAUCUACUCAGCCAUGGCCGCCCCGUCGGCCACCGCCCUCGAAGCAGCCACAGCCUUCAUCCAAACGCACACGCUCAUCGUCCCCGGAACCGAGCUCAGCCCCUUCGACGAAUGCCCCGUGUGUCUCGAAACCUACAACCUCACUGCGCAAUCCGAACACGCGUGCAAAAUCAUCAACAUCCCCAACUGCGAGCACGUAAUCGGACUCUCCUGCCUGACCGCCAUACUCACCGCGAACGGCAGCACCGAAAAGAAGUGCCCACUUUGCCGCACAGUGUGGAUCCCAAGCCGGGUGCCAGCAGCGCUCAUGGACAUGAGGAGGAGGCUUCAGGCGCUAGGCGCUAUUCCUGGCGGCAGUAGUGAAGGCGGGAGGGAUGCAGGACCGCGCCACGUCAUCAAUAUCGAGAGCGACAGCGACAGCGACGAGGAGGUGACGCUCGAGAGCUACACGCAGUUCAGCCGCGACAUCGCCGACAUCCGCACUCGCGCCCGCAACACGCAGCUGUCACGCCGCGAGCGACGAGAUGCGGCGCGGACGGCCAGCGGAAAUGGUGCCAACGACAGACACCUGUUCGCACGCGGCCACGCAAGUGCGCGCCAGGUUCUCCAGCCCGACUCUCUCGAAGCCGCUCCUCGCCCUGGCCAAGAUCCGUUCGAACGCCUGGUUCGACAUUACAACCGCCAGCCCAAUCCCGUCGAUCGCAUGGAACUUGGUAUAAGCCCGUCACCCAGUCCCGAGCCGGUUCUUCUCGAUAUGCAUCCCGGCCGGGCGACCAACGACCGUAACCAACCCACUGACCGACACCGACGCGACACCGACGAGUUAGAGCGGCGUCUCGUCGAGCGCGAGCGCGCAUUGCAUGAGCGUGAGCGGCACUUGUUCCAGCGUGAGCAGCGCAUCGCACAGAGGGAGAAGAACAUGGAGCGGUUUGUGAAUGUCCGGAAGCGGCAGUUGGAGGAGGUGGAGCAGCUGGUGGUGAGGCAUCGGGAGGAGUUGAGGCGCCUGGAAGGUCGAUAA